AUGUCGACCAGACGCCCCCCCAUCUCGUCCCAAAGCUCGUCCUACGCCGCCGUACUAGCCGGCCAAGCUCGACAACAGUCGCCGCAAUCGGCAGCUUCGGGGAACGGGUUCGAUAGUCGCAACUCGUCCAACUACCUUUCACAUUCCAGCGGCGGACUCGGCCCGGACGGCCAGCAGCGGGCGGCCACUGUGCCAAGCUACCUUGCCGAGUCGGCGUUCGCGGAGCGGCUGGCGUCGAAGCUAUCUACUGCUUUUAAUCCUCCGCCCACGAGCGCGCUGGGUUCGUCGUCGUCGACGUCAUUGGGAAAGAAACCGCAGGCUCAUCGCGGGCUGGCGUUCGAGGUGACGGAACACGCCCCAGGAGGAGGAGACGAUCUCACCAAUUACUACCUUCCGAGCCGCUGGAACGAGGGCGAUAAGUCGCAGUCGAUCGAGCUGUUGAGCAAUGGGAUGGAAGCCAGAUUUACCGGUCCUGCAAAGGUUAGCGAGAGCGACGCCGCCGCCGUUCGCGCCGACCGACCAAUGCCCCCGCAAUGUGGGUUGUUCUACUAUGAAGCGACGAUCGUCUCGGGAGGGAAGGAAGGAUUGAUAGGCAUUGGGUUCUGUACGGAGAAAGUGUCGCUCAGUAAAUUGCCCGGAUGGGAGCAAGAGUCGUGGGGCUACCAUGGCGACGACGGGAACAUCUUCUGCUGCCAAGGCACACGCAAACAAUAUGGUCCCAAAUUCAACACGGAUGAUAUCAUCGGCUGCGGGGUGAACUUCCGGAAUAACACCGCCUUCUUCACGCGAAACGGCCACCACCUCGGCGUCGCGUGUCGAGACAUCAACAAGGGGAAGCUAUACCCAGUCGUGGGCAUGAAGAAGGCGGGCGAGCACAUCCAAGUGAAUUUCGGCCAAAAGGGCUUCUUCUUUGAUAUCGAUCGCUACAUGAGGGAGGAGAAAGCCAAAACGUACGAAGAGAUCAAUCGACAUCCCAUCGAGCGGCUAUGCCCCCCCUUAGACGAGACGGCGUUAAUCCAGGCAUUGGUCUCACAAUAUCUCGCUCACGAUGGCUACGUCGAUACCGCCAGAGCGUUUGCCGAAGAUGUCCAGAACGAGUCGAGGGCACUAGACUCCAAUUCGGGGAGACUGGGCAUGAGCUGCUUGGAUCCAAAGGGGGAUGCCGACGCAGUAAACAGACAAAAGAUAAGGACGGCUAUCUUGCAGGGCGAUGUUGACCGAGCCUUGAAACUCACCAAUGUGUACUAUCCGGGUGUGCUCAAGGACAACGAGCUGCUGUACUUCCGUCUCCGUCGACGAAAACUCGUCGAGAUGAUCAGGAAGGUGGCCGAGACCGAACACGAGGAUAGCUACAGUAGGAGCAACUUCAACAAUGGGAGCCACGACGACUAUGACCACAUCAUGGACAUCGACGAUCCGGUGAACACAGGAACAGGAUGGGAGAAAUUAGAUAUGGACGAGGAGGAGACGAAUCGUUUGAAACACGUCAAGAAAGGACUGGACGCAGCAGUCGAGUAUGGACAACAGUUACGCGUUGAGUUCUCGUCCGACACCAGACCGGAAAUUAAGAAGCCACUAGAGGAGGCAUUCAGUCUGCUUGCAUAUACGGACCCUAGGAGCUCGGUGCUGGCGCACCUGUUGGAUGAAGACGGAAGGAUCGCCGAUGGUGAGGAGCUGAACUCGGCAAUCCUGGUAUCCUUGGGCAAAAGUUCAGCGGCGGCACUGGAGCGGCUCGUGAAGCAAUCCAGCGUUCUCAUCCAAGACAUCAGCGAAGAGGGAGGACCUGGGGCGUUUGUGAACCUGCGCAACGAUUACCUCAGGGAUACGUAUUAA